AUGGAGCCCGGUGGGGAUGGAGCGCAGCUGCUGCCAGAUGAGCUGUGGUUGGAGGCAGGUGGUGUUAUGCUGGCCUGCCGUCGCUUCUACGGCAUCUUCACCACCUCCACGCUGUGGCGCCGCUACCACGAGGCCAUGCUCGGCGGGCCGCUGCAGCCCGUAGGUCCCGACCCGUCCUCCUCUUCCUACUUCAACAGCGACGGCGAGGGUGAGAAUGACGACUUCGAUCAAAGCGAUGAUGAUCUCGAGGACGAUAAUGAUCUUAGUGAGCGGCGCGAGGAGAGGAUAAUCGACGUUGUCUCUUUCCCACGAUUUGCACGAGACGAGUGGCAACAGGCCCUGUUGUGGAAGACGCACAAGGUGGAGCACCAGCGCAGUGAUGAAGCCAAGCUGGUGUGGGCCGCGCGACUGGGUUGCCAUCAGCUGGUGGCGCGUCUGCUGGACGACAUGCUCGACCGGCAUGCCUCGCUGCGACGCGAGCGAUCGGCACUCACCUCGUCACUGCCGGAGGACGAGGACAGCGAGGAGGGCCAGCUGCUCCGCAUGCUCUGCCGUGGCCUGGAAGCUGCCUGUUGGGCCAACUCCGUGCCCACCGCUCGGGUGCUGUUGGCGUACGGAGCGGCGCCGGUGCAAUGCGGGUACCUGGGGGUCAAGCGCGAGGCCAUCGUGGAAGCUGCCGAGCACGGCAAUGUCGAGCUGAUGGAGCUGCUGAUCGCGAACGGCGCUCUAUCGGAGCGCUGGAGCUUCGCCAAUUUCCUACCCGGCCGACCACUUCUCGCCGCGUGUUGGGCUGGCAAGACAGAGGCCGUGGAGUGUCUCAUGCGCCAUGAGGUGAUGUGCGUCGCCUCCAAAAACGAGUUCAUCGAGCGCUGGGGCGUUUCUGUCGACCUGGAGGGCGUCAGUCCCUUGUGUAUGGCUGCUAGGAGGGGACACCUCAAUGUCGUCUCCCUCCUGCUGUCCCGGCUUCAGGACGAACUGAACGAAAGUGAAAAGCAAAACGCUUUGCUCUCAGCGGCCAAAGAGAGCAGGAACGACGUGAUCGUACACCUACUCGUACAUGGCGGAGUGACAGGAGACAUCGCGUCGCUAUGUGCCUACAUCAAGGGCAAAUCGUUCGACUACGCCACUUUUGAGGUCCUGCUCGCGGGCGUGGACGAGGAAUCACUCAGGGCAGCCAACGUCUGCUGGGCCAUCUUCAAAUCGAAGAGAAUUGUCGGUGGGUCCGACGGCAAGAAGGUCUGCGAGCUGCUUCUGGCCAAAGGGGCCGACAUCAACUGCACCAGCACCACGGCCGUCCUAACGCCUCUCGCCCAUGCGGUGGUCAAGGACAAUGUCGAGGUGGCCGAGACUCUGCUGCAGUGUGGAGCUGAUCCAAACCUGUCAGUCCUCGGCGAGGCCAACCUCUUGUGCAUAGCACAGAAGCUGCAGCGCCACAGAAUAGUGGACUUGCUAUCGAAGUACAUUAGACACCCGAGUCCAUGA